AUGAAUGUCGACAAGAAUGACAUCGCCUCCGCGGAGGUUGAGCAUGUCGAUCCACGGAGAUCGGAGAAAGGUGCCGUCAACUUUCUCCUGGUCUUCUCUUGUAUAGUAUUCGGUGCAGCCUCGUUCAUCUUCGGCUAUGAUGAUAAGCUCAUCUCGCCCCUUGCGGCAUUAAUCCCGUUUGUCGCGAAAUUCCAGGGACCCAAUCCAGCAACCGGAAAAUACGCUCUCACGGCCCACAAUCAAGAUCUUGUGUUCUCGAUCCCCCCUAGUUGGCGCUGUAUUCGGUGGACUGGUGGAGGGCUCCUGCAGGUCUUCGCGCCUAACUUGGGGGCCUUUGUCGGCGGUCGUUCUGUGAAUGGGUUUGCCAUGGGCAUAGCUCUGGCGACUGCUCCCCUUUAUGUUUCUGAGGUGGUACCGGUCGCUAUAAGAGGUAGAUGUGUCAGUUCAAUAAACAUUCUGAACCUUAUAGCCGGUGUCGUAGGCACUGUCGUGGUCUGGGGCACAAACAAACUAGGUGGAAAAUUGGCCUACCAAAUUCCUCUUGCUGUGCAAAGUGCCGUGCCAGUCAUUCUAUUGGUCUUGACAAUCCCUCUACCAGAGAGCCCAGAAUGGCUUAUCUCAAAAGGAAAUGUGGAACAAGCUCGACAUAAUUUACGAAAACUCCGCGGCUUCAGCGACGAGAAAGUUGAUGACGAAAUUCAGCUCAUAGAGCUUUGUGAAAGAUACAAUCGCGAACUUCAAUCCGAGGUUAGAUUUUGGCAUAUAUUUAAACGAGAGCAUCUCAAACGGACCAUUGUGGCAGGCUCUUUCUUCUCCCUCAACCAAAUAUCGGGUGUUAUUCUCUCGACUACUUACACAACCGUUUUCCUCACGGAACUGGGUGUUGCAGAUGCCUUCACGUUGACUAUCAUUGCCUCAUGUUGCACUUUGGCCGGUACAAUUGCAGCACCGUUGGUGAUCGACCGCGUGGGCCGACGCCCAACCGCCUUCACCGGUAUGAGUAUUCUGUUCGUGAUCGACGUGGUCGCCGGCGCCCUCGCUUUUCAGAAAGGCAACAAGCAGGCGACAACCGCAAUUGCGGCACUCUCCUUCAUCUUCAAUUUCUUCUGGGCAUCGUCGUUCUUUUCCCUUUCAAAUUUGAUGCCUUCUGAAAUCGCCACUCCAAAGCUCCGCCACUACACCAUGUCUUAUACUAUCGCUUGCCAGGAAAUAACUGCAGUCAUCACCACCCUUGUUGUCCCGCAUUUGACAUCGGCGGAUGCAGCAAAUCUCGGCGCAAAGACAUACCUCAUUUUUGCUGGAUGUAUGGGCGCCAUCCUUGUUUUCAUGUACUUCUUCAUGCCAGAAACACGUGGUCGCACUUUUGCUGAAAUUGAUGAGAUGUACGCUGCAAAUGUGCCGGCGUGGAGGUGGCGGUCUUACAAGACUUCUUUUGAAGCGAGGACUGGCGAGACAGCCCCGGACUCAUUGGAGAAGAUAAGAACUUGA